AUGGAGAGCUCGACCUGGGACGUCGAUGUCGCCAUCGAGAAGGUGGGCAUGGGCCGUGGGCAAUGGAUUCUUUUCUCCCUCGUCGCGCUCUUCCUUCUGGCUGAUGGUGUGGAGGUGUCAUACCUCUCCUAUGUCACCAGGGUGCUACAGGUAGAGUGGCACUUGAGUGCAGAACAAGAGGCCCGGAUUAUUUCCAUGGUGUUCUGGGGCGAGGUCCUGGGCGCCCCAGUGUGGGGCAUUCUCGCUGACAGGGUCGGGCGGCGGCCCGCAUUCUUGUGGUCUGCCUUGGUGAUCUCCGUCGCCGGCUUCGCCGCAGCCCUCUGCCAGAGCGUGCUCCAUCUUACCCUGGUGCGGGCUGCCGUGGGCUUCGGGAUCGCGGGCCAGACGGCAGCCUUCGACAUCUUCGCCGAAUCGCUGCCAUCGUCGCAUCGCGGCGUGCUGCUGAUGUGGACCAUGUUCUUCCCUUCCUUGGGAUCCAUCUACAGCACCUUCGUGGCCUCACUCAUCUUGGAGCCGUGCGGCUGGCAGGCCUUCACUGUGGCAUGCGCCGUUCCCACCACCCUUGCCCUUCUUCUGAGUGUCUGGCUCCUGCCGGAGUCGGCUCAUUGGCUCGCCAGCCAGUCUAGAGGAGAAGAGGCUGCCCAAAUUGUCGCAGUGUGGGCCCGGUGGAAUGCUUCCCCACAUGAGUUCGCCUCGCUGACCGUGCCGGAGGAACUGGAGGACGUCGAUUUUGCUUCGCUGGCAAGAGACGGCAAGCUGCGGCGCAAGUUCAUGCUCCUGAGCGUCGUUUGGCUUGGGUUUGGCGCUGCGUUCUACGGGAUCUCAUUCUUCGUGCCGCACCUCUUUUCAGAGGUGACGACUGACAACACCGACGCUACCAGCGUCUCCAAAGUCACGUUCGACUUUGGGCAAAUAUUAAUUGCGAGAAGCUCACAGAUUGUGGGCCUGGUGUUUGGCGUACUUCUAAUCGACCGCGCGGGGCGCAAACCGGUCCAGAUCGUCGGCUUCCUUCUCGCAGGUGUUGCGUCAUUCUUCUUGGGUUUCAAAUCCCUGGGGAAGACCGCCAUUGUCAUGUUCACGUCUCUUGCGUCGGCCAGCGAGAACGCAGCAUCGACAUGCACGUGGGUGCACACUCCGGAGCUUUUUCCAACCCAGGUGCGGGGUCUCGCACAUUCGCUGCUCAACGCAUGUGCGCGUGUCGGUGGAGCGAUCGCGCCAUACAUCGUUGCAACGCCGGUUCCAUGGUCGGCCUUCCUCAUUGCCGGAUUCUCCGGAGCUGCCGGCCUUGCGGUGUGUGGCUUAGAGGAGACAGCUGGGAAAAGCCUCGAUGACUAUCACGACAUUGACACCGAUGUGGAUAGUGACAGUGACAGCAAUGCUGAAUUAUCUGAGUAG